UAUGAACCACAAUGGGGAGAAUUCGAAAAUCAAAGCUGGGUUCCCACACACAGUGCCUGCGGCAUCUCACUGCUGUCCGGGCCUUGGACUGACGUCUCACAGUCAGGAGAGUUGCCUUUCAGAAAGAUCCAGCCCUAAAUCUGCACUUUAUUUUUUUUUCACAUCUAUGUAAACAUUGCACACAGCUUCCACGCCCUCCUCAAAUAACAUCAGCUUACAGGCUUGCGAUGCACUUAAACCAACAUCGCUGUGAGGUGAACUCACUUGAACACAUCUACAUUAACGCCUCAGGGUCCGAUGAUGUAUUUCAGCCAGAUGAGCAGGGUGGAUGGAAUUUCAGAUCAUCCCAGUGUCCCAACAGGUGGACAGCAGUCCCUCCUCGAGUACAGCAGAACUCCCCAGCAGACACCUCUAAUCGACAAUGUCAUGUUACAAGAUAACUCCAGAGAAGUUGGAAUCUUGCAGGACAGCUCUGUCAGUCAUGAGGUUGUGGGGUCGCACAGUCUCCUGCAGAGUAGCACAAUCAAUCAUCAGCAAAUAACUGACAGCAACCCAGUAACUCAAAACGCUUUGGGAAGUGCAGAUGAAACAGACAAUCACAUUGCUGUUACUGUAACACGGGGUCUACCCUGUGCACCUGAGGAACUGGGGAAAACCACAGUUCUGGAUGGAGUUGAACAGUUUGAUGAAAAGCAGAGAGAGCAGGAAGAUCUAGAAAAGCUGCAGGUAAAUGAAAACCUACUGAAGCUCAGAGAGAACGAAGACAUGUUGAAGCUCAGACAGCAUGAAGAACUGAUGAAGCUUAGGGAGCAUGAAGAUUUGCUGAAGAAACAGAAGAGUAAAAAAGUUGGUACUACCUCUAAAAUACAAAGUUCCAUGAUGAUAUCUAAACAGCUAGAUGUUUUAACUUGGAGUGUUCGUGGUUGGAAUCAUCCUAUUAAGCAUUCCUCUAAAAUGAAGGCUUUCCUACAUAAGAUUAAAUUUCCACAGAUUUCUCUUGAAGAUCAACAGAUGCUUGAUGCUCCAAUUACCGAGCAUGAAAUUCAGAAAGCUAUUUUAUCAAUGCAAUCAGAUUUAUUUUGUGACGGUCGAUUGAUGACUUUUGAGGAGUUAAUGAACAAAUAUUCUCUCGCUCAUACAUAUUUUUUGCAAUAUUUUCAGAUUCUGGUAGUCGGCGAAGAUGGGACCUUCAUGGUUAAAUCUCCAAAGACUCACAUCUGCGAGCAAUGCAGUGCAGCCUUCCGGACUAACUACCACCUACAGAGACACAUCCUCAUCCAUACAGGUGAAAAGCCAUAUCAGUGCACCCAAUGUAGCAUGCGAUUUAUCCAGAAGUACCUACUGCAGAGACAUGAGAAGAUACACACUGGUGAGAAGCCAUUCCACUGUGAUGAAUGUGACAUGCGGUUUAUUCAGAAAUACCACAUGGAACGACACAAACGGACUCACAGUGGAGAGAAACCAUACCAGUGUGAAUACUGCCUUCAGUAUUUUUCUAGAACUGAUCGUUUGCUUAAACACAGAAGAAUGUGCCGAGAAAAUCAAGCGAAAGCUUCUGACAAAAACCCAGCAGUGAAAACUGAGCCAAUUAUACUUGCCAUCAAUUCAGAGAACAGGUUGUUGCCAUCACAGAAGGAUGUCAUUAAUCCAACAUCAAAGAAGCUCAAAACUGAAGAGAAGUUGGAAUUAGAAACUUGUAGUAAAGCGGAGACUAGCAGUCCAACAGAUGUUAACUUGAACAAGAGAGAGUGUAUGGAGUAUUACACCAGCACCUUGAAGAUAAAGGAUGAGUAUAAAGUGGAGCAAUCCUCACUUAUAACUGCACAUUCUUCACAAGAUAGUGCUCAUCUAGGAGCAACGUAUCAGAAUCUGAAUCCACCAAAGCUUAUUCUGAAGAGGAUAAGCUCAAACAAAACUCAGAAGACAACAGAACAUCUGAAUCAGACUUUGCCAGUUUCUACCAACUUUGAUGCCACAAAAGUCACUAAGUACACCUACGCAAUAGGAAGCAACCCCAACCUCCUGGUCAUUGAGGGCCAGAAUACUGAUCAAGGGCAAGAUGCCUCACGCAAGCCUGGAGGAAGCCACAACAACUAUGAUGAUGCAAUGCAAUUUGUUAAGAAGAAGCGAUUCUUGCAAGGGCCUAACAGUACCAGCAGGGAGUUUGCCUUAUCUGUAGGCCAGAUUGCAGCCCAACCAGCUGUAACACAAGCAGUUAGCAUUACCUUAGGUGAAAGCAGUAGUGGCACGUCCAUGUUGGUGCAGCUUGGCAACUCCGAGCUGAAAAGCAGCCAGGACAAAAGUGGAAUUCCCGAUGAAGUCCUGCAGACUCUCUUGGACCACUACACUAAUAAACCAAAUGGGCAGGUUCCAUUUUCUGUCAGUGACACCCAAGUUGCUCCAAAUAUAACUGUAAGCUCUACCGAUAGUUCAAAUGUGCCUCCAUUGGAGCAAGUCAGUGAAAGUUCACAGCCAGCAUCUACCGACAACUGUAACAUGCUCCAUGAAUAUUCAAAGUUCCUUCAACAAGCUUUGGAAAGGACAUGCCACAAUGAUAGCUAUUCGAGUGAGCAUGGGCUUGUAUAUGAGACUGAAGCUCAACCCCUAACUGGAAGUCUUCAGGUGCCACCUCUGUUUUCUUCUCUAGAGCGACAAGUUUUUGCCACAAUGGUUACCCAGCAUGGCUUUAGACCAGAAGUGGGUUCUUCUUUACGGUUACCAGCACAAAAGUCCCAGUAUGGUUUGUUAGUUGGUGAAUCCCAGCAUCCCUUUGCUUUCAUACCAACUGUAGCAAGCAACAACACCAUCUCAUCUCUGCCAGAUUUCACAGAGCAGGUUAGCUCACAAAAAAAGCGACAAGAGCCAGCAGCUCACAACAAUCACCAUUUGGGUACAUUCGGUCAAGACUCUAGGUUCUCAGCUACUGGAGGAGAAAUGACCCCAUCAUUCAGUGACAAUGCCAGUGGACAGAUGAACUUAAGGGUCCGGCAGGGCAACUCAAACUACUCGGAGUUUCCUUUGGUAAAUGUGCCAGAUGGAAGGGAUCAAAUGAGUGCCUCACCAGCUGCGACAGGGGGAUCAGACUUUUAGGUGAACUGAUUUCCCAUCGUACUUGGGAUCAUAGUUGCUCCACAAAGAAAACCAUUUCAAACUUUUGAGUUUUAGAGAUCUUAUUUGGAGAUCUUGUAUUACCUUAUUAAAUGGCAGAACAGGCCUGGUCCUUCAGACCAGGUUUGAAUUACCUGGUCCUGUAGUUUCUUAUGUUCUUAUUAGUGGUCUUGUCAGAGGUUAUUUUAGAGUUCAGGAUUGAAACAUUCUUCUUCCUCUGAUAUGUUUUUGCUGCCUAGCACAGAAAGGGGCUAUACAUGUUUCCUUCCAAGUUCUUGUGUUCAUCAGGAGCAUUUGUCCAUCCACAAAAAGUACCAUGGGUGGGAGCUGGUUAUAAGAUAACCGUGGAAUUUAUCAAAUCAUUUACCAAUUCUGAUAUUUAUUCAGUUUAGGCAUUGUCAUUUCAACCCAUCAAAUAAGUGCAUUAAUACACAUCCAACAAUUUCCUUGAUAAGUAUGUCAUCAUUUCAAAUAAUUGGCCUGGUAAUUAUCUAUAAAUUGAUACAGUAAUACCACUGUAUAGGUAUUUGAUUGCAUGCACUGUUUACCCUGAUAUCGGCAUUGUAUAUUUCCAGUAAAUGUCCCAAAUAGAUGAGUUAAUGACACCAGCAUAAACAUUUGAUCCACUGAUUAUCUUGAAUUUUCCAUGAAUACAGUGAUCAGCUUGAUUCUGACAUAAUGUGGAGAAUCAACAAAAGACUCACAGCAUAAAAGGAGCCAUUGCUCUAUCAUGUCUCUGCUAGCCCUUUGAAAUGUUCAAGACUUUGUUAUUUUUGUGGUUAUCUUAAGAUUAUGCCAACUUUACUAACUUGCUUGCCAAUUGAAAUAGUUUCUUUCAUUUCAUACUUUCCUAUUAUACAAAGUCUGCCCUUAGACAACUCUGAAAUGUUUGCUUUAAUGAAUUGAGCUGUAUUAAUAACAGAAACCUUUCACAGAUUGGUCUUUGUUCCUAUAUCCCUAUUUAUAAUAUCUAGAAUUCUAUUUGUGUACCUGAGCUCUUCUGUUUAUCCCAAAAUGUCAUUAACACUGAUACACCUUUAAUACAUAACCUGAUAUUGACAUUGAUGUAACUCUUUCAUUAAUAUUACUCCAUCAAUAUUGAUCAGCCUCAUAAUUAUGUCACAUUGAUAUUGGUCAAUAAUAAUUUUGAAUUUGCAAAAGAUAUGCUGUUAAUGUAGCUCCAGUUGUUGUCUUGAUAUUAGCAUUGAUACAGCCCAAAAUUGCCCUGUUUUUGUUAUUGGUUCACUAAUUAUUAAUGCUGAUACACACAGUAAAACAGUCCAGUAGCUACACUGAUUCAUUUCCACCAUUCAUCCUGAUAUUGAUACUCGUGUAGCCUGUAGUAACUCUGGUAUUGCUAUUGAUGCAGUUUUACUAAUUUGGUAUUUACACAGUUUAAACAAUUAUCACAAUGUACCCAAUACUUACUUCCAGUAAGUAUCCUGAUCUAGGUUUCGGUGCAGACUCUGAUGUUGGCAUUGUGUUUAUCCUGAUAUUGGUAUUAAAACAGCUCAACAAUUAUCCUGGUAUCUGCAUGUUGUCCUUCCAAUACUUAACUGAUAUUACCACUGAUAACUCCUCAAUAAUUAUCCUUAUAUAUGCAUUAAUUCAUUUCCAGCAAAUGCUUCUGUUGAAAUUGAUUAACGUUAGUGUUCACAAAUCCAAAGUACUACCUUGAUACUAGUAUUAAUGUAACUUGUAUAACUCCAAGAUAUGGCCUGAUGCUGGCUUUAACACAUCUACUCCUAAUAUGAUUCUCCUAAUUUUGGCUGGUAACACAGCUCCAACUGUUAUAAUUUGAUUACUAUUGGCAUAAGGCAAUAAUAAUUAUCCUGUUAUUCACUUUGAUACAACCCAAUGAUUGCACUGAUGUUUGAUUAAUCCGGUUCCAGUGUUUACCUUGGUAUUGGUACUGAAGUGGUUCAGUAAUAGACUUGGUCUUGCCAUUGAUAUGCUUCCAGUAAUUGCCAUGGUACUGCAGUUGAUUCACAUUUAAUAAUUUUGCUGAUAAAGGCAACAAUGCACAUUUAAUAAUUACAGUGAUACUGUGUGUACUGAUUAGAUGCCAAUAAUUGAUCUCACAAUUGCAUUAGCAUAUCUCCUAUAAUUAUCCUUAUGAGCUUGAAAGUGACACUAACCUGCUAUUAUUUACCCCAAUUGUCCUAAUAUCAACAUUGAUUCACUUUCAGGGGUUACCUUGACUUUGAUGUUAGACCAUAAGAAGCAGGAGCAGAAUCAGGCCACUUAGCCUACUGAGUCUGAUCCGCCAUUCCGUCAUGGCUGUUUUAUUAUCCCUCUCAACCCCAUCCUCCUGCCUUCUCCCUGUAAUCUUUGACACCCUGACUGACCAAGAAUCUAUCAACCUCCACUUUAAAUAUACCAGAUGACUCGCUCUCCACAGCUGCCUGUAGCAAUGAAUUCCACAGAUUCACUGCCUUGUGGCUAAAGAAAUUUUUUCUCAUCUCUGUUCUAAAUGGACAUCACUCUAUUUUGAGGCUGUGCUCUCUGGUCUGAAACUCACUCACUAUAGGAAAGAAAUAUCCUCUCUACAUUCAGCCUAUCUUGGCCUUUCAAUAUUUAAUAGGUUUCAAUGAGAUCACCCCUCAUUAUUCUAGGCUCCAGUGAGUACAGGCCCAAAGCCAUUAAAUGUUAACCCUUUCAUUCUUGGAAUCCUCUCCAAUGCCAGCAUACCUUUUCUUAGUUAGGGGGCCCAAAACUGUUCAUAAUACUCCAAGUGCGGUCUGUCUAGUGGUUUUAUAAAGCGAGGCAUCACAUCCUUCCUCUUAUAUUCUAGUCCUCUUAAAUUGAAUGCCAACAUUGUAUUUGAUUUUCUUACCACUGCCUCUGCCUGCACAAGGACUCCCAAGUCCUUUUGCACCUCUCAUUUUUGAAUUUUCUCCCCAUUUAGAAAAUAGUCUAUGCCUUUAUUCCAAAGUGCAUGACCAUGUACUUCCCUGCACUAUAUAUUCGAUCUGCCACUUAUUUGCUCAUUCUGCCAAUCUGUCCAAGUCCUUCUGCAGACUCCCUGCUUCCUCAACACUACCUGCCCCUCCACCUAUCUUUGUAUCAUCUGCAAACUUGGCCACGAAGUCAUCAAUUCCGUCAUCCAAAUUGUUGACAUAUAAUGUGAAAAGAAGCAGUCCCAAUACCUACAACUGUGGAACACUAGUAGUCAGCGGCUACCAGCCAGAAUAAGCCCCAUUUAUUCCCAUUCUUUGCCUCCUACCAGUCAGCCCAUCUUCUGUUAUCUUUCCUGUAAUAGCAUGGGCUCUUGUUAAGCAGCUUCAUCUGUGGCACCUUGUCAAAGACAUUCUGAAAAUCAAGAUAAACAUUCACUGAAUCUCUGUUGUCUAUACUGCCUGUUAUUUCCUUAAAGAAUUCCAACAGAUUUGUCAGGCAAGAUUGUCCCUUACGGAAACCAUGCUGAUUUUGUGGCCUACUUUAUCAUGUAACUCCAAGUACCUCGAAACAUCAUCCUUAAUAAUGGAUUCCAACAUCUUCACAACUACUGAAGUCAGGCUAACAGGCCUAGGAUCACCUUUCUUCUGCCUCCCUCCUUUCUUAAGGAGUGGAGUGGAGUGGUGUGGCAUUUGCAAUGCUUUAGUCCUCCAGAACCAUUCCAGAAUCUAGUGAGUCUUGAAAUAUCACUACUAAUGUCUCCACAAUUUCUUCAGCUACCUCUUUCAGAACCAUGGAACCAUCUGUCCAGAUCACUUAUCUAUUUUCAGACCUUUCAACUUCCGAAGCACCUUCUCCUUAGAGAUAGCAACUACGUUCACUUCUGUCCCUGACACUGUCGAAUUUCUGGCUUACUGCUAGUAUUUUCCACAAUGAAGUCUGACACAAAAUACUUAGUAAGUUUGUAUGCCAUUCCUUUGUUCCCCCAUUACUACAUUUUCCAGCGGUCUGAUAUCCACUCUUGUCUCUCUUUUACUCUUUAUAUAUCUGGAAAAAAACUUUUGGUAUCCUCUUUGAUAUUAUUGGCUAGGUUACCUUCAUAUUUCAUCUUUUGGGUCUCUUUAAGGUUGUUUUAGUUGCCUUUUGUUGUAUUUUAAAAGCUUCCCAAUCCUCUACCUUCCAGCAACUACUUUAAUAUCAGCAUCAAUUCACUUGCAAUAGUUGCCUGAUAAGGACACUUAUUCUUCCCAAUUAUUACUCUGAUGUUGUCAUUUGUUCUAUUCAAUAAUUACAUUCAUAACAUUGUUUCUAUUUUAA